GCACUCAUACUUCUGUUGUAUUUCUCAAUGCUUGUCUUUCUGAUUACAUCCUAAAGGAUGAUGCUCGGCAACUCUUUGUGUUAGCUGGAGCAGCAGAAGAAGGAUUUAUGACUGCAGAGCUUGCUGGAGUUAUCAAGAGACUGUGGAAAGACAGUGGAGUUCAAGCUUGUUUCAACAGAUCUAGAGAAUACCAGCUUAAUGACUCUGCUGCUUAUUACUUGAAUGACUUGGACAGGAUAGCACAAACCAGCUACAUUCCAACUCAACAGGACGUUCUCAGGACUAGAGUGAAAACUACGGGAAUAGUGGAAACUCACUUUACUUUCAAAGAUCUUCAUUUUAAAAUGUUUGAUGUUGGAGGCCAAAGAUCAGAGCGGAAGAAGUGGAUUCAUUGUUUUGAGGGUGUUACAGCAAUUAUUUUUUGUGUGGCUUUAAGUGAUUAUGACUUGGUCUUGGCUGAAGAUGAGGAAAUGAAUCGGAUGCAUGAAAGCAUGAAAUUGUUUGACAGUAUCUGCAACAAUAAAUGGUUCACAGACACUUCUAUUAUUCUCUUCCUGAACAAGAAAGAUCUUUUUGAAGAAAAAAUCAAAAGGAGUCCUCUCACUAUUUGCUACCCUGAAUAUGCAGGGUCAAACACUUACGAAGAAGCAGCUGCUUACAUUCAAUGUCAGUUUGAAGAUCUGAACAAGAGAAAAGACACGAAGGAAAUCUACACUCACUUCACGUGUGCCACAGACACAAAAAAUGUGCAGUUUGUUUUCGAUGCUGUAACUGAUGUUAUUAUUAAAAAUAACCUUAAAGACUGUGGCCUUUUCUGAGAACAGACAAAAAGUGGUUAAAUGGUAAAAUUACAUGCGUGAAAACAGGACUUAGGCGUUUGGAAUAUGCCCAUGCUGUGUAAAACCUGCAUAGAUAUACUUAAUUAUCUUCUAUUUUAUUUCUAGGUUUGGAGAACGACUUCGCACAAUUCUAAUCUGAUUCUUUUCGAGGUGAAAGAAAUACAAAAUACAUUGUGCUGAAUGAUAGAUCAGUACUGUACUUGCCUGUUUUAACAGCUUUAUUUAUGUUUGUCUUGUAAAUUUAAUUAGUUAACACUGAGAUGUCAGUUGAUUGUAUGUAAACUUAUAAUUGUAGUAAUGUAUUUGUAUAAACGUUGAACGGAAUAUUUUAGUAACUUGAUGUCCUCUAAAAUUUCCAUGUUUUAUGAAGAUACUCUUAGAGGAGACAUACACUUUUUGCCUUUGGAUUAUUUAAACAUCUUGUAAUAUUAAAUUUUCUUUUCAUCUUAAGGGUGCAUGCUGCCUUAUUCCUCACUUUUGUUGGUAAUACUGUAUAUGGCAUUAGCUUUUUUGAUAUUUAAACAGCCUUGUACACCUUCUGAGACUUAAAGAAACAUAACCAAUAAAACUUGUUUUUUGCCUUAAGUUU